GUUCGGCCCUCCAAAGGGUAUCCCGAAUCAUCCCGCAUUCACAUUGUUGUCAGUGCUUGAGCGUGUAGCGAUGGCAGGCCCCUGGUGCGGUCUCACAUUCUGUCUUCUCAUCCUUCUCGCGCAGAGUCCGUUCUGCGCUGCCUGGCUCGAUGACGUACGUAAGCGCCCAAGCCAAUUGAGAGAGCCCAUCGGUUGGCGCGAAUGAGAGUGCAAUGUGUGUGUGUGUGUGACACUUUGUGUCAGGGUCACAUGCUGGUCGGGGGAAUCGCCAAAUACGUCAUGACUCAUCAGAUGGACGGCGGCAAGACAGCUGUUGAGGCACUGGAGGCUGUAUUGAGAGGAUGGGAGUAUCAAUACCCUGGUCUUUCGUCUCUCGUGACGGCUCCCAUCUGGCCUGACCAUAUCAAGUGCACGAAAGACGUUGGGCACUGCCGCGGCGGAUGGCGGCAUGAAGGCCUCCGGGUGGGUGACAACAGUGGCACAACGGCCAGCCGCAUACACGUAGACACCUGGUGCCUGCCUGCCACACGCAGGUAUUCGACGCCUGGCAUUCUAUCAACGUCCCCCUCAAUCCUCUCGAUGUGGCCCUUCCUGAGAACGUACACGAGAGCAUCAACGCGCAGUGGCUUCUGGAGCAUGCCAACAAGACGCUGAUGGAGCUAGGCCGGAAGCAGGACAAGGGAACGAUUUUCAGCUGGAACUUCAUGCUGCGGUGUGUGACGUCUGUUGCGGGGGGAAUGAUGCAUACUUUCGCCCUUUCUCUCUGCUUGUUUGUGUGCUUGCAGGUUUCUGAUGCACGUGUAUCGGGACAUUCACCAGCCCCUUCACGCCUGCACACUUUACAACAGCCAAUUCGCAAACGGGGAUAAAGGCGGCAACGAUGUAUGUAGGAAGGCAGCCACAUUUCGUCCAUGCCGCACGCUUGGCGUAUUGACGCAUUUGGCUCGUAGGUCAAGAUAAAAGUCGCUAUCGGUGAGGGCAUGGGGUAUAGCCCACCGAGCUUGCACACAUUGUGGGAUGCCGCUGGCGGCCCUCUGCAACGACUAUGGCCCCAACACACAGAAGAAGACGUGCUCUGUGAGGUGCGCACGUAUACAUGCAGAGACAGAUGGAACAACACAAUGGCGGCCGUCUGGCCUUGCAGGCGCUCGAACAUAAGGACCACAUACGGCAGGCCAUGGCGUCUCCCGAAGCGAGAAUACUCGACUUUAAGGACAUCAUUGCCGAGUCGCACCAGUUUUGCGAGCAACACGUCUACACAGGUGCAAAGGCACAUGAGUCGACACAGACAUCCUACCGAUUCCUAUGUUUCAUUGUCUGCAUUUGUGCGCGGAAUAGAGUUUCUGAAAACCGACGGGGCACUGCCGUAUCAGCCGAGCGAUGACUACAUCCACCAGACGGCCGCCAUAUCAUAUGGCCGCAUCAUCAUCGCGGGCGUCCGGCUCGCCCAGCUCCUCAUGCCCAUCGCCGACAACGCGAUAUCCAUGCAGGCAAGGGAAACACCACAAAAAACGCCAGAACCCGUGGAGGAGCCACAAAACGCUGCUGAUGCUGAGACCACCGCAUUAUUGGGUGUCGACGAGGACGGAGCGGCCAUGUGGAAGGCCAUGUGUGGGCUGCUGGUGCUGGCCGUGCUUUGUCUGAGUGUGAUGGUGGCGUGGCUGGGAUGGCGGCAGGCGUGGUGUGUGCGUGAGGCGAGGCUCAAGGCAGAAAUGCUCAACAUCAUCCAGAUGGCGGCAGCCAGGCCAGACAGGAAUGUUGGUGCUUUACAGGCGAUAGACAGAUAGACAAAUGGAUGCAAGUGCUUUAAGACCUUCUCACUUGUGGCCACCCUGACAAUACACGCAUCAGUGGUUCUCCACGCUUUGUCCUCCAAAUCACUUGC